GAAACAAAUUUAAUUCCGUUCCGGUAAACACAACAUUUUUAAAGAUGUAUGGCCUAACUCCAUCAAAACUAAAGGAUAACAAUCAGCGCUUUCGACUUCGUGAUAUUGAUAAUGAACAAAUCAUGUCAACUUUUGGAAAUAUUGGACACUCGUUAUGCAUAGCUGUUGAGAGGUUUAUCACAAUUGGAGAAAUAAUUGCAGAAGAAAAUGUUGAUAUUAAGGGAGAUAUGUAUGAAGCCGCUAAAGAAGCUAGAGAUGCUGGCAAAUCUAUUGAACGGCUAUGUGAUAUUUCGCCCAUAACUGGUAUGGAACUUCGCCAUCAAAUAGAGCCAUUGAAAGACUAUGGUGCCAUUAUAUUAGCCGCACGUUCUCUUCUUUCAUCAGUAACGAGAAUACUGUUGCUGGUAGACAUUAUAGUGGUAAAAAAAUUGUUAACAGCUAAAAAGCGAGCCUCUGAAAGUUUAGAAAAAUUGGAGUCUGUUAUGAACUUCACAGAAUUUGUAAGAGCUUUCUCCGUUUUUGGAACGGAAAUGAUUGAACUAGCUUAUCUCACCGGGCACCAUCGGGGGUCAUUUAAAGAGGAAAGACGACGGGCCCAAAUGUUCUCUGCCCGACAAAUACUAGAAAAAUCGAUUUCUAUACUUUUGACAUCAUCUAAAAAUAGUUUGAUACAUAGUGAUUGUGUGAUUGUGAAAGAGAACCGAGACACGGUUUUUUGUCAGAUAAGACGAGCGAUGGAUCUCAUACAUUUCGUAGUAAAAGAUAGUAUCUUUGAUUCUUCAAAGCAUAUGCCCUUCGAUAAGCCACGGAAUAAUCCAAAUUAUGAGAAUGAAAGCAUCUAUACUACAAUAAAACGAAUUAUAAACCUUAUUCAGAACUAUAAAGUAAAAAAUAAUCAAUUCCAAAUGAAUAAUGAAGGCAACAACAAUUCUGAUGCUUACUAUAACCUAUUUGACGACGAGCUUUGGAAAAGUGAUAACUAUUAUGAAGACAAGAAUUUAGCCCCAAUUGUCGGUGGCCGUUUAACUAACAAUACGAAUUACAGAAAAUAUUCCGGCUAUGAGGGCAUGGACCUGAGGGAAGAGCUUUCAUUAGCAUUUGACAAACUAUUCGAGAAGGUUCAUGAUUUUACAGACUCACCGUACAUAAGUCAUGAGCACCGGAAAAAUAUACUCACCAAUUGCGAUAACUGCAAGAUCGAGUUCAGUAUGUAUAUAAAUAAUUUAAUAAAGGAUCAGCAUGAAAACGUUGGAGCUGGAAUGCAGGCGAAGGAGAGUGACGCCGAAAUCGGAAUGUUGAGUUGCUUGGAGGAACUGUGUAAACAGCUUGUGAUCUCAGUGUCCAGCCAAGUGGCAGACUUUAAUGAAUCUCUGAAAUUAUGCACAAAACUUGUGAAAUCCUUUCACGUCCUGGCAACGACGCACGACCUUGAUAAUCUAAAUCAGCAAUCAACUAAGUUUCACGAUUGUUGUGACCACAUUUUCGACAUCUGCAAACUAUUACAACAUAUUGCACCUACGGAAAGACUGCAAGUGCAAGCGAAAUGCUUAGCCAUUAACUUAAGAAUAUACGGUCCACAGGUGUUUAUCGCUGCGAAAAUACUUUGGAAAUACACAAACAGCAGCGCAGCAAAUGAAAAUUUUGAAUCAUUCUCUGAAAUGUGGAAGUGGUUGACGGCCGAGAUAUCUAUGAUUGCGAAAAAGAUUUUUGUAUCAGUCAACACCCCCAAAACUGAACGAGAAAAUCAAAUUGAAAAAUGUGAAUCAACAAUAAAAGCCUCAAAAUCCUACGUACCUGGAACAGAAGAAGGAGAGUUGGGGGAGUAUUCUGGCAUAGACAGUAAAAACAAUGGAGACAGCACAUAUCAAUCUAAAUGGAGUGAAGACUUAUCGGAUGACAACGAUAUAUUGAAACGAGCCAAAAACAUGUCAGCAAUGGCGUUUCUAAUGUAUCAGUUCACCAAAGGAAGCGGUACCUUAAGGACAACACAGGAUCUGUUUACACAAGCGGAAUAUUUUGCCGAGGAAGCAAAUCGACUUUACAAAGUUCUCCGGCAUUUUUCAUACCAAGUACCAGCAAGUGACAACAAAAAGGAUCUCCUGGGUAUAUUAGACAGAGUACCGACAUUUGUCCAAGCACUCCAAUUCACUGUGAAAGAUCAUACAGUUGGGAAAGCCGCCACUUUUGUUAAGGUCGAUCAUGUCAUUCGGGAAACAAAAAACCUCAUGAACGUAAUAAAUAAAGUAGUUUCUAAGUGCUUUGAGUGUGCAAACAAGUACAAAUUAAAUUUAACAGGUAUCACCGGUGGACUUACAUCUGGUUCGGUUCGGGGAGAUGAUAACGUCGCUGGUGGAAUGUGUGACUCCAAGGGCACGACGAGUAGCAGUGAGGGGAGUAUGUGACAUUACGGGAUGGCUCGAAGAGCCAAGGGUGAUGCAAGGCGUACAAGAGUAUCAUUUUUAUUAUUCUGAUUCUAUAUGUUUUUUGGUUUUGUGUGUGUACCAAUAAUCAGACUUAAUCUUUGUAACAUGACAUUUUGUGUAAAAAGUAUUUUAUUAAAUUGUAAGAACCUUAAAAAUAU